UAAAGACUUUCACUCUCCCGUCUCCCGAACCCUUUAUAUUUCCCGUUCAUUUUCCUCUCUCUCUCUCUCUCUCUCUCUCUACUAUAUUCUUCAUCGAACAUCCAUCUCCCCCAAUCUCUCUACCUCGUCAUAUAUAUAUAUAUAUAUAUGGACAAAGGUUGGGGAUUAGCCCUUGAUUCUGAUCGCAAAAUUGAUUUCUUUCCCAAAAAGUUGUCCGCCGGCUACAGGGAAAUCAUGUUUCAGGGCAUCGAAUUUCCAGUGAAUCUCAACCGGAGGGAGGAGCCAGCUGCAGCAACGCCGCCGGCAGGUGAGAAUAGGAUGGUUGUCGGUGAGGUCGACUUCUUCUCCGAUCAUACGAGCAAGUCGCAACCCAAUUUUUCAAUUAAUUCCAACAUCAAGAAGGAAAAUUCAAAUUCAGCGGAAGUGGUCAGAAGAACUGAUUUGCAUGUCAACACUGGUUUGCACCUUACGACUAACGUCGGAAGUAAUCAGAGAUCGUUGGUGGAGUCAGAUACCGAUGACAAACGAUCCAGAAAAGAGCUAGCAGACUUGCAAGCCCGGCUUGAACGAAUGAAUGCAGAAAAUCAGAUGUUAACAACCAUGCUUUCCCAAGUUAGCAACAAUUACAAUGCUCUACAGAUGCAGCUAAUGGCAUUAAUGCAGCAACAGCAAAGUUUGAAGGCCAAAACCAGUCAAGGGCAUGAGACAGCAGAAGGUUUAAGAUCGGAAGAUAAGAAACGAGAGGCUGAAGGACCAGUGGUGCCGAGACGAUUCAUAGACUUGGGGCCCAGUUCUGCAACCGAGACAAACGAGCCGUCUCAGUCUAAUUCAUCCGAAGAAAGAACGCAAUCCGCCGGAUCGCCUCUGAAUAACAAGAACGAACUGAUCUCACUUGAUCAUGAUCAAGAAAAUGGCAAGAAGAUCCGGAGGGAGGAGAGCCCCGAAUCUGAUGGGUGGGUUUCGAGCAAAGCCCCCAAAUUGAAUGCACCGAAGAGUGUCGAUCAGCCCCCGGAAGCUACAAUGAGAAAGGCCCGGGUUUCGGUUCGAGCCCGAUCUGAAGCUCCCAUGAUCACUGAUGGGUGUCAAUGGCGCAAGUAUGGCCAGAAGAUGGCGAAAGGGAACCCGUGUCCCCGAGCUUAUUAUAGGUGCACCAUGGCUGUUGGAUGCCCAGUUCGCAAACAAGUUCAAAGAUGCGCGGAGGACAGAACAAUCUUGAUAACCACAUACGAGGGCACGCACAACCAUCCGCUGCCGCCGGCAGCAAUGGCCAUGGCAUCAACCACAUCGGCAGCGGCAAACAUGCUACUUUCAGGGUCCAUGUCUAGUGGAGAUGGGCUGAUGAACCCUAAUUUUCUGGCAAGAACAAUGCUUCCAUGCUCGUCUAGCAUAGCAACAAUCUCAGCUUCAGCACCAUUUCCAACAGUGACGUUAGACCUCACUCACUCCGCCAACCCGUUACAGUUCCAAAGACCCACUCAAAUUCAGAACUUUGUCGCUCCGUUCGGCCAGAUGCAGUACAACCAAUCUAGAUUCUCCGGCCUCCAAGUGUCCCAAGAAAUGGAGCCACCUCAAACUGCCCGCCAAGCUGCAGCUGCACAAUUUCAACUAUCACAAAACCCUUCAUUUGCCGACUCUCUCAGCGCCGCCACGGCUGCCAUCACCGCCGACCCAAACUUCACCGCAGCCCUUGCUGCAGCCAUCACAUCGAUCAUCGGCGGUUCUCAGCCAAACAGUACCUCCGCCAACUCCACCAGUACCUCCGCCGCUGCCACCAACACCACCAUAAGCAACGGCGACAAGAUUGCCAGCACUUUCCUAGGGAAUUAAUUAAACGUGAUGGAAAUGUUUUCUUCAUUGUGUUUCAUUUCUUUUUUUGUUGUUACUUGAUCAGAUUAUGGAGGUGGGAACGACACAACAUGUUCAUACAGUUUAUCCGUCCUUGUUGAGUAGGGAGGGGGGACAGAUACAAGGAUUUUUGUUCUAUACAGAAUAAUUAAUUAAUUGUUUCGUAUUUUCAGUAAAUACAGAAAAUGAAGAACACUGAUGAAGACGUCUAUUCGUCGUU